AUGAGAACGGAACCGUUUGCAACGCUUCUCACCCGCGCUUCGGGUGUGCUGAGCUAUACCCCUAUGCUGGUAUCGCCAUCUACUAAAACUACUUCACGAUCACCAUCACCGUCAACGGUUUCGCUGAAGAGUUUGCCCAAAACGCCACCGCCAUCCGCUGAAAAUAAUGCGAACAUCCAGCAAACCGUUCCCAAGCAGCCACCUCACCUCGAUCAGUUGUUGGAACAGUUUCUUACGUAUGAAUCUAGUCUUUCGAUGACCGACUACAUCAAACGAUUCUAUCAAAUUCGACUAGAACAAGAGGCGCUUCGUAACGAUCCUGAGCUGUCGGUGAAAUGUGCCUCAGAAAGUGUUCAUGUGAUGCGUAACCGAUACAGGGACAUUCUGCCUUAUGAUCGAAAUCGAGUUGUUCUAUCGCCGUCGGAUGAUAAUCCUAACGGCUACAUCAACGCAUCGUUCGUCAGUCUUCCAAAAGGACGUAUGCGUUUCAUCGCUGCACAGGCCCCUUUACCUGUCACGCUUGAGGAAUGGUGGAAAAUGGUCGAUGAGCAGAAAGUUGUACUCGUUGUUAUGCUUUGUAAACUGGUUGAAAUGAAUAAGGUCAAAUGCGAACGGUACUGGCCAGCUGAGAUUGGACAAAGCCUGCUUUUUGGUUGCUAUGAAAUUACACUGGAUGCAGUGGAAACUUUUGCUGAUGACGAAUACUUGCUACGGCGUUUGCGGAUGACGAACCAAAAAAGUGGGGAAUCGAGAGUGAUCCAUCAGCUGCAUUACAAGGAAUGGCCAGAUCAUGGUUGUCCCUCAGGUGAAAGUCAACUGAUCAACAUGAUUGAGAAAAUGUCGGAACUCCAUGAGAACACAGAUGCGCCUGUGUUGGUUCAUUGCAGUGCUGGCGUUGGUCGUACAGGGACUAUUAUAUCUGUGAAUUACAUAAGAGAAUUGAUUAAGUCAAUGGAAUUGGAAUCGCUCGAUCUUUUUGAACUUGUCAUAAGCCUAAGGAAGCAAAGAGCUAGCAUGGUGCAAACUCAGGACCAAUACCAGUUUGUUCACAAAUGUGUUGCUUACUACUGUAGAAGACAUCUCGGUAUACCGCAACCAGAACCUCCAAAAGAUGACCUGGAUGACUCAUUUUCUGCUCCAUCUCCACUCGCGCCAACAUUCAAUAGGCCUCUUCAAGCGAACGGUGAUCAACUCAUACAAAUCGACGAUAGCGAUGAUGAAUCCGAAUCUGGAAAUUCAGUGCCGGAUUUUCCGCACGAGCCGCCUGCUCCACGAGGUCCAGAAGAAUUGGGCAGCGCGGCAAGCUGA